AGUUUUCCAUCCACUUAUUUUCCAUUGAAACAAACGAUGCCUGUUUGGAUAACACAUUAAUCGCAUCAAAGAUAACAGUAACAAAAACCAGAUUAUGAAACUUGGUCGGCAAUGGCAAUGGCAAUGGCUGUGGUUGCAGCAGCUCAGCAAUUCCAAUGCUUCUUCUUCUUCUCAGAACCAAAUUCGAUGAUCAGAACCACAACAUGGCCAUGCUUACCUCUUCUUACACCACCGUCACGUAGAAAGAUUCAAUUCUCACUCAUCUCACGCGCUUCCUCGCAGACCCCAGAAGCUGCUCAGACUCAAACCGCUGAAUCCUGCGUCAAUUUGGGUCUUGACCUCUUCUCCAAAGGACGGGUUAAAGAUGCUUUGACUCAGUUUGAAACAGCGCUUUCCUUGAAUCCCAACCCUGUGGAGGCUCAAGCUGCUUUCUACAACAAAGCUUGCUGCCAUGCAUACAGAGGAGAGGGAAAGAAAGCUGCUGAGUGUCUCCGCACUGCUUUGAGGGAAUACAACCUAAAAUUUUCCACCAUUCUUAAUGAUCCAGACUUGGCCUCCUUCAGAGCUUUGCCUGAAUUCAAAGAACUACAAGAAGAGGCUAGGCUGGGUGGGGAAGAUAUUGGCUCCAGUUUUCGGAGAGAUCUAAAACUUAUUAGUGAAGUUCAAGCACCAUUUCGUGGGAUUAGAAGAUUCUUUUAUGUAGCACUGACGGCAGCUGCAGGAGUAUCAUUGUUGCUUACCAUACCCAGACUCUUUCUUGCCAUUAAAGGCGGUGAUGAUGCUCCUGGUCUCUUGGAAACUUCUGGGAAUGCUGCCAUUAACAUUGGAGGUAUUGUUGUUUUUGUGGCAUUAUUCUUUUGGGACAACAAAAAAGAGGAGGAACAACUGGCGCAAAUAUCUCGAAAUGAAACACUAUCAAGGUUGCCUUUGCGCCUUUCAACUAAUCGCAUAGUUGAACUUGUGCAGCUACGGGACACAGUUAGGCCAGUCAUCUUAGCAGGCACAAAAGAAACAGUAUCUUUGGCUUUACGAAAAGCAGAGAGAUUUCGCUCUGAACUCAUUAAACGUGGUGUUCUGUUAGUCCCUGUCAUCUGGGGAGAAGGUAAAGAACCAAAAAUUGAAAAGAAAGGUUUUGGUCUUUCUUCAAAGGCUGCUGCUGAGGCUCUUCCCUCCAUUGGGGAAGAUUUUGAAAAGCGAACACAGUCCAUAACUGCAAAAUCAAAGUUGAAAGCUGAAGUUAGGUUCAAGGCUGAGGUUAUAUCACCAGCAGAGUGGGAACGGUGGAUAAGAGAUCAGCAGAAGGCUGAAGGAGUCACAGUUGGUGAAGAUGUGUACAUAAUAUUGCGCUUAGAUGGUCGGGUUCGAAGAUCAGGGAAAGGUAUGCCUGAUUGGCAGAAAAUUGUGAAUGAGCUGCCACCAAUGGAAGCACUUUUAAGCAAGCUAGAAAGAUGAGAACUGUUGCAUUGCUUAUUUUUCUUCCUGAAAUCAGAGGGUGCAUUUUUAAUUUAAUUUUUUUCCUACGUUUAAGCAUAGCCCUGGUAUCAUCGUCAUUUGUAAUGUCCCACAACAAUAUUUAUCUGGAUCACUAAAUUAAACAUUGUACAUCCAUUCCUCCACCACGUUCAUUGCUACAAUUGCCAGUUAAA